AUGGCCCCAAACGAAUCAUCCGGCAGGUUCGCGGAGCACUUCAAGAGACUCGCUGCUAACUUCCCCCAAGAUGGAAACUGCUUCCUCGAACGUGCUUUUCCCAGCCGACGGGCUCGAUAUACCCUGCAAAUGGUUCAGACCACAGGCGACAUCGUCAGCCAAAAACGUCAUACUCUUUAUGCAUGGCGCUUCGGCUCUCCGAGCGGCCACCGCAAGCUCAGCGCUCAUCUCGCGCUGGCAUCGAACUGCCUCCUGCUAAGCGUCGACUACCGCCUCAGCCCGGAGAUCCAGUUUCCCGCCACCCUCGAUGACUGCAUUAUCUUACAAGAAUACGGUAAACUGUAG